CUGGUCACUGAGAUGGCGUCCUCUCUAAAGGUCUGGGUCACUCUCUUGGCCCUGCUGUGUCUCCAAUGCAGUUUACUUUUGCACAGUGAGAACAUUUCCAGGAGGAAAUUUAUGGAAGAACAUCACCUAAGUCCAAGCCAAGAUUUUGCUUCCUACAAAUGUAACAAUCUCAUGAAAAAAGGAAAUCUGAGCCACAAGCUCUCUCACAUGUUCAUUUAUAUCUCAUGGUACAAAAUUGAGCAUAUAUGCAUUAGUAGCAAAUGGAAUGACCGUUAUAGAAAUACAUACAUAUGGGCCCAGCGUCCCAUCAAAACACUCACUUGUCACUGGGAGAAAUUAAAUAACUACAGAGAGACCAGGAGCUAUAGCCAUAUUCAAUUCCAUUGUAGCAUGGAUGGGUAUGUUGACAAUAUAGAAGAUGUGAAGCUCAUAAAGCCUCUCUUCAACUAG